UCCUCAGCAGGAUGACGGAAGUCAGGUUGCGGUGUGGUAGUCUCUCAACAAUGGCCUUCACUUCAGUGUUAUUUGUCAUAUUCUCAGUUUAUAGCUGUAGCGCACAAGUGCCGCUGCUCAUGUGGACCAGUGACGGGUACAGCUUGCCACAUCUGACCCAGCCACCAGCUGGUCAGGCAGUCUCUGGUGGGCAGCUCGUAUCUUAUCUGAAAUCUGCAUUGACCACUGCUCCACACAAUGUGUUGCUCUUUUUACAGGAUAAGCUAAGUAUAGAUGACUUUACUAUGUACGGUGGAGUGUUUGGGAACAAGCAAGAUGGUGCCUUUUUGAACAUAAAGUCAGCACUUCAGGCAUCUUCCAAUCCCUUGGUGUUGCCAGCCCUUGAAUGGUCAGCGUCAGACUCAGUGCUGGAACUCUUCCAGGGAGAGCUUUAUAUACCAGCGGUCCACAUCGACCCAAACACCCUGAAGGAAUUCCAGCUGAACACCUCACAGCCGUCACUGCUGGCCAUCCAUCUCCCUUACUCUACUGGUGCCGAGUUAAAGAAAUUGCUCUUGAGUAAUGAUGAGAUUAUUGGAGACAUUCUGGACAUGUUCAAUUCUCAUGCUGUGCCUUACACUGCUGUAUACACUGGCUUGAAGCCCUCUAGAGUCAUUCAGGAUACUCCAAUAUCAGCCAGAAGUUCUGUGGGUCGAUCGUUACUUCAGGCUCCACUACAACCAUCUGUGAAACCUCCAGUUACAUUCAAGAACACAGAAGGACAACCAUGCAUCCUACUCUGGGCUGACACCCUCAGCAUUAGUUACGCUCAGGGUCAGUGGGUUGAUUUGGGCCCAGAGACCUUUAAUUCUUCUGCCAACUUGACUGGCUCAACUUGCAAUGAAACACUUUCAAGACUCGUUCUGAAUUACCAAAAUGUUCGGAAUUUUCGAUCCUUGCGGCUUAUCUUCUCUAUGCGCAAGAUCUUCUUUCCUGUGUCUGCUCGCAACUGGGCUAUCAUGGAGCAGGUGGUGCUAGAGUAUGAUGGGCAGACAGCGAUCUUUAACGGCAGUGGUGGUAUCUAUGCUCCUGCAGAGUUUUCUUUCCACUGUCAGAACGUGAGCAGCUCUGAAAGCGCCCUGCUGGUGCCUCGCACUCUUACUGACAACGCUUCCCAGUGGAGACUGUCUUUCACUGAUUUUCAGAUCCAAGGAUUCAACGUUACAGGCGAACACUUCUCAUAUGCAAGCGAUUGUGCAGGUUUCUUCGCUCCGGGGAUUUGGAUGGGUCUGCUUACCUCUCUUCUCAUGGUUCUAAUUCUCACCUAUGGACUGCACAUGAUCAUGCAGCUGUGCACCAUGGACCGAUUUGAUGAUCCAAAAGGCCCAACAAUUUCAGUGCCUCUUAAUGAGUGAUUUUAGCAGAAAAAAAACUAUCAUGUUAAUUUACAUGAUUUGUAAAGGUGUCAAAAAGUUCCAGCUCUCAGUGUGGUUGGUACUGUAAUCAGGAAUUUAUGGAUCUAACGCAAGUAUUUGAAUGUUUGUAAUUGUGUUUUGAAUGUGCAUUCUAAGGUAAAUAAUGUUUUUCAAAUUCACUCUGGUUUUUGACAGAAAGUGGUGAAAUAAUCAUUUACAUACAGUGUAUGUUCCUCUUUCUAGUGGAAAACUAGACUUGAGGGAAAUUCCUUUUUUGACGUAUUUUGCAUUAGACCAACUUUCACUCAUUUAUUGUUUUUAGGACUACUAUUAUUUAUCUUGUUUGUCUUUUAAAUCUGUUUCUUUCAUACUGUACUAUAUUUUUAUGUUUGUGUAUUUGUAAAUUGAAGAUUUGCCAAUAUUUAAAUGCCAAAUGUAGUAGACAAGUGCCUAUGGUGUAUGAUAGUUCCCUCUCCUAAUAUAAUAAUUAAUAUACUUAAAAAGGACAGAGUGGGUCAUUUUAAAUAUAAUAAUCUUAAUCAUUUAAUCUUAAAGCAAGUAAAUACAUAAAAUCUUCAAAGUUUGUCAAAUGCCCCCCUGUAGCCAAUGUAAAAUGGCAACUCAUUAUGCAGGUAUGCAAAAGUAUAUACAGAAUAAAUUAUUUCCAGUGUAUCUCCUGGCUAGAAAUACAUUCAGCUAUAAACAGCCCUCUUAAAAUUAUCAAAACCCCAGAUUUUCAAUUCAGUUUUAUUUCCAUAGGGCUUUGGAAAAAAACACAUUCCAAAGCAGCUUUACUGAAAAUACAAAAAUAGAAAGACUGUGGAUUCCCUCCAAAAUAAGCCAAAGGCUACAGUUGCAAGGAUAUUUUCUCUAUGAUGUUUUAUAGGUGAUAUACAGUUGAAAUCAGAAGUUUACAUACACCUUAGCCAAAUACAUUUAAACUCAUUUAAAAACAUUUAAUCAUAGAAAACAAUCCCUGUCUUAGGUUAGUUCACUACUUUAUUUUAAGAAUGUGAAAUGUCAGAAUAAUAGUAGAGAGAAUGAAUUAUUUCUUUCAGCUUUUAUUUCUUUCAUCACAUUCCCAGUGGGUCAGAAGUUUACAUACACUUUGUUAGUAUUUGGUAGCAUUGCCUUUAAUUGUUUAACUUGAAUCAAACGUUUUGGGUAACCUUCUACAAGCUUCUCACAAUUAAGUUGCUGGAAUUUUGGCCCAUUCCUCCAGAAAGAACUGGUGUAACUGAGUCAGGUUUGUAAACAUCCUUGCUCGCGCACACUUUUUCAGUUCUUCUCACAAAUUUUCUAUUGAAUUGAGGUGAGGGCUUUGUUUUGGCCACUCCAAUACCUUGAAUUUGUUGUCUUUAAGCCAUUUUGCCACAACUUUGGAGGUAUGCUUGGGGUCAUUGUCCAUUUGGAAGACCCAUUUGUGACCGAGCUUUAACUUUCUGGUUGUCUUGAGAUUUUGCUUCAAUAUAGCCACAUAAUUUUCCUUCCUCAUGAUGCCAUCUAUUUUGUGAAGUGCACCUGUCCCUCCUGCAGCAAAGCGCCCCCACAACAUGAUGCUGCCACCCCCAUGCUUAACGGUUGGGAUGAUGUUCUUCGGCUUGCAAGCCUCACCCUUUUUCCUCCAAACAUAACGAUGGUCAUUAUGUCCGAACAGUAAAAUUUUUGUUUCAUCAGACCAGAGGACAUUCCUCCAAAAGUAAGAUCUUUGUCCCCAUGUGCACUUGCAAACUGUAGUCUGGCUUCUUCCUUGAUGAGCAGCCUUUCAGGUUAUGGUGUUUUAUACUUGCAAACUAUUGUUUGUACAGAUGAAUGUGGUACCUUCAGGCAUUUGGAAAUUGCUCCCAAGGAUGAACCAGACUUGCGGAGGUCCACAAUUUUUCUUCUGAGGUCUUGGCUGAUUUCUUUUGAUUUUCCAAUGAUGUCAAGCAAAGAAGCACUGAGUUUGAAGGUAGGCCUUUUAAAAUACAUCCACAAGUACACCUCCAAUUCAGUACACCUAUCAGAAGCUAAUUGUCUAAAGGCUUGACAUAAUUUUCCAAGCUGCUUAAAGGCACAGUUAACAUCUGACCCACUGGAAUUGUGAUAUAGUCAGUUAAAAGUGAAACAAUCUGUCUGUAAACAAUUGUUGGAAAAAUUACUUGUCAUGCAAAACAUAUACACAAAAUAAUGCAUACACACAAUGAUGGUCUUGACUAUUUGUUGUUCAAUUAUAUUUUAUUAUAAUGAUUUUUAACUAUGGAAUGCAUACAAUGUGCAGAUAUUAGGCAUGUAAGGAAAGUAUGUUAGACUCCGGUAAUGGCUGGAAUAGGGUGGGUGAGACUCAACUGAGAUGUCAGCCUAUGAGCCAAAAAGGGGGGCAGUGUUACAACAAACAUACACAUUCUCAGUUUACCAAUGAACCUCUUAAACACAUUAGAAAGUUGCAUAGUUGCCCAUUUUCUUACCUUGUGAGAAUGUUAUAACUCUCCCUCUUCAUUUCUAGUCUUCAAUAUACAGGUGCAUCUCAAUAAAUUAGAAUGUCGUGGAAAAGUUCAUUUAUUUCAGUAAUUCAACUCAAAUUGUGAAACUCGUGUAUUAAAUAAAUUCAAUGCACACAGACU